CCUCUGCCCAGCACCGACUCUCCUCCUGACUGCGAGCUGGAGCCUACAAUGAAACAAAGCUUUGCUUUUGACAACAUGGGCUACGAGGAGACCGUUGAAACUGUGCCCUCUCCAUCUUCCCAAGAACACACUGUGGCAGUCAACAUUGUGGGAAUGACUUGCCAGUCAUGUGUGCAGUCAGUGGAGGGCCAGAUUUCCAAGGUGAAGGGCAUUGCGGGUAUUAAAGUCUCCCUUGAACAGAACAAGGCUGUAAUAAAGUAUCUGAGGUCGGAAAUAAGUCCUGAGCAGAUUUGCCAGGAAAUUCAGGAUAUGGGCUUUGAUGCCAGCAUAGCAGAAGAGAGGCUGACAGCAGCCCCUGCAAGCUUGUCCUGCUUGAAAGAAGCGGUAGUGAAGCUGCGAGUGGAAGGCAUGACGUGCCAGUCCUGCGUCACCAGCAUUGAAGGAAAGGUCAGGAAGCUGCACGGUGUGGCAAGGAUCAAGGUGUCACUUGGUAGCCAGGAAGCCAUUAUUGCUUACUACCCUUACAUCAUUCAGCCUGAUGACCUCAAGAGCCACAUUAGUAGCCUGGGCUAUGACUGCAGCAUUAAAAGCAAAUCAGCUCCGUUGAGGCUGGGCGAGCUCGAUCUGGAGCGCUUGCAGAAUGCAAGCCCCAAGGGCACGCCAACAAGCCUGGCGAGUGACGGGCUGGAUCCACUGGUCCCUGAAAUGAGUAGCACAGCUGUGGUGACUCUACAGAUAGAAGGCAUGCACUGCAAGUCCUGUGUCAAAAACAUUGAAGGAAACAUAUCAGCUCUCCCUGGCAUCCAAAGCAUCGAGGUGUCUUUGGAGCAGAAGCGUGCUGUGGUGCGGUACAGCCCGGGUUCAGUUACCGUGCCGGCUUUGCAGCACGCCAUUGAAGCCCUCCCACCUGGCAGUUUCAAAGUAGGCCUCCUUAAUGGUUCAGAAGCAAAUGAAGGAGCAUCUCCAUCUCCUGCUUUGCUGUGCAGUCUCUUCAGAGAGCCACCACAGGACGUGACACGCAUGGCUAUUAUUAGGAUUGAUGGCAUGACCUGCAAUUCUUGUGUCCAGUCCAUAGAAAGGGCCGUGUCACAGAGAGAAGGAGUGCAACAUGUAGCAGUUUCUCUAGCUGGCAGAGCUGGGACCAUACAUUAUGAUCCAGCUGUUACUAAUGGAGAAGAGUUAAGAGCUGCCAUAGAAGACAUGGGGUUUGAUGCUUCUGUGCUGACAGAUACUGCCACUGGAGGAUGUGGGCACCAGCCUGAUGCCACCAAGGCAGCCACACAGCCUCAAGCUCCAGAGCUUCCUCACCAAGGCUGUGCCUCAGAUGCACGUCAAGACAGUCCUCACCUCGAUGGGCCAGACCAGCACAGCAGAGCAACAGCUGCAAAGUGUUUCCUACAAAUCACAGGCAUGACCUGUGCCUCGUGUGUUUCCACCAUUGAAAGGAAUCUGCAGAAAGAAGAUGGGAUUGUUUCAGUGUUGGUAGCACUGAUGGCAGGUAAAGCAGAGGUAAAAUACAGGCCAGAGCUCCUACAGCCUCCCGACAUAGCCCAGCUGAUCUGCGAGUUGGGGUUUGAAGCUACUGUCAUGGAGGAUCAGGCAGAAGCAGAAGGAAAAGUGGAGCUUCUUAUUACAGGCAUGACUUGUGCUUCUUGUGUUCACAACAUUGAGUCCAGGCUCAUGAGAACAAACGGCAUAUCCUACGCCUCCGUCGCGCUUGCUACUUGCAAGGCUCACAUCCACUUCGAUCCUGAGCUUACUGGGCCUCGAGACAUUAUAAAGGUCAUUGAGGAAAUUGGCUUUCAUGCUUCUGUGGCUAGAAGAGUCCCAAAUGCACAUAACCUGGAUCAUAAAAAGGAAAUACAGCAGUGGAGGAAAUCUUUCUUGUGCAGCCUACUGUUUGGUAUCCCUGUCCUAAUCCUGAUGGUUUAUAUGCUAAUUCCUGAUGGUGAGCAGCACGGGGCUCUGGUGCUGGAGCGGAACCUCAUCCCCGGCUUGUCUGUUUUGAAUCUUCUCUUCUUUGUCCUCUGCACUUUCGUUCAGUUUCUCGGGGGAUGGUAUUUCUACGUGCAAGCUUACAAAUCCCUGAGGCACAGGACAGCCAACAUGGACGUGCUCAUCGUGCUAGCCACAACGAUUGCCUACCUGUACUCCUGUGUCAUCCUGCUGGUGGCAAUAAUUGAAAAGGCAGAGAAGAGCCCUGUCACCUUCUUUGACACUCCUCCAAUGCUGUUUGUGUUCAUUGCCCUUGGGAGAUGGCUGGAGCACAUAGCAAAGAGUAAGACCUCAGAAGCUCUCGCUAAACUUAUAUCUCUUCAAGCCACAGAAGCCACAGUGGUGACACUUGGACCUGACCACUCCGUCAUCAGGGAGGAGCAAGUAGCUGUUGAACUGGUUCAAAGGGGUGAUAUUGUGAAGGUUGUUCCUGGUGGAAAGUUUCCGGUCGAUGGAAAGGUUAUCGAAGGCAGUUCCAUGGCAGAUGAGUCUCUGAUUACUGGAGAAGCUAUGCCAGUCACAAAGAAGCCUGGGAGCACAGUGAUUGCUGGCUCUAUAAAUGCACAUGGAUCAGUCCUUGUUAAUGCAACUCAUGUUGGCAACGAUACCACUCUGGCACAAAUUGUGAAGCUGGUGGAAGAAGCACAAAUGUCAAAGGCACCCAUCCAGCAGCUGGCAGAUAGGUUCAGUGGAUAUUUUGUUCCAUUUAUCAUCAUCAUUUCCACAGUGACACUGCUAGCAUGGAUCACAAUUGGGUUCAUCAACUUUGAUGUUAUUCAGAAAUAUUUUCCUAAUCAGAACAAGCAUGUUUCGAAGGCUGAGCUGAUACUGAGGUUUGCAUUUCAGACCUCCAUCACUGUGCUGAGCAUUGCAUGCCCCUGUUCUCUAGGCUUGGCUACCCCUACAGCUGUCAUGGUGGGCACAGGAGUUGCUGCACAGAAUGGCAUCCUCAUCAAAGGUGGAAAACCCCUGGAAAUGGCACACAAGAUCAAGACUGUCAUGUUUGAUAAAACUGGGACCAUUACCUGUGGCAUUCCUAAAGUCAUGAGGGUGCUUCUGCUGGGAGACACAGAGGUGCUCUCUCUGAAGAAGGUACUGGCGGUGGUCGGCACAGCGGAAGCCAGCAGCGAGCAUCCUUUAGGUCUGGCAGUCACUAAGUAUUGCAAAGAGGAGCUGGGCACUCAAAGCCUGGGAUACUGCACUGACUUCCAGGCAGUGCCAGGCUGUGGCAUCAGCUGCAGAGUCGGAGGUGUUGAGGCCGUCCUGGGCAUGGCUGAGGAGGGUCCCGCUAAGCCGGAUGCCAAGGGGGGCCGGGACGGCGGCGCUCCUCUGGGAGGGGACGCGCUGCUCCCUGCAGCACACGGUCCCUCAGCUCCUCCUACGUACUCGGUGCUGAUCGGCAACCGCGAGUGGAUGCGGCGCAACGGCUUGCAGAUUGCAAGUGACGUGAAUGAUGCCAUGACAGACCAUGAAAUGAAAGGACAGACUGCCAUACUGGUGGCUAUAGAUGGAGCGCUGUGCGGGAUGAUCGCGAUAGCAGACACUGUCAAGCAGGAGGCAGCCCUGGCUGUGCACACCCUGAAAAACAUGGGAAUAGACGUGGUGCUGAUCACAGGGGACAACAGAAAAACUGCAAAAGCCAUUGCUACCCAGGUUGGGAUCAAAAAAGUCUUUGCUGAGGUUCUUCCUUCUCACAAAGUUGCAAAGGUCCAGGAGCUCCAAAGUGGGAGGAGGAAGGUUGCAAUGGUUGGUGAUGGGAUCAAUGACUCCCCUGCACUAGCCAGGGCGGACGUUGGGAUUGCGAUCGGGACGGGCACCGACGUUGCCAUCGAAGCCGCAGACGUCGUUCUUAUCCGAAAUGACUUGCUGGAUGUAGUUGCCAGUAUUCACUUGUCAAAGAGAACAGUUCGGAGAAUACGAAUUAAUCUGAUUCUUGCCUUGAUCUAUAACCUGCUUGGAAUACCCAUAGCAGCAGGUGUGUUCAUGCCUGCUGGCCUUGUGCUUCAGCCCUGGAUGGGGUCGGCUGCAAUGGCAGCUUCGUCUGUGUCUGUCGUGCUGUCGUCCCUGCAGCUCAAAUGCUAUAAGAAGCCAGACACAGAAAGCUAUGAAGCACGAGCUCAAGGCUGCAUGAAGCCACUUACUCCUUCCCAGAUCAGUGUUCAUAUAGGAAUGGAUGACAGGAGGAGGGAUUCAUCCAGACCGACUCCUUGGGACCAGAUCAGCCAAGUGUCUCUCUCUUCCUUGGCGUCUGACAAGCUGCUGAGGUGUAACGGCUUUGUUGAGGAGCAAGGGGACAAGUGGUCGUUGCUUAUGAAUGGAGGAGAUGAAGAGCAGUACAUCUGAGGCAUUGUGCUCUUAAUAAAAGAGGGAACAUUCCUCUCUACCAGUACAGGAGAGACUGACUCCUUUC